AUGACAAACCAACUCGUAUUGAAACCAGCGUGGCAACGAAAAAAUGUGCCAGCAGAUUCACCGAGCAAGUACACCUUUAAGUAUCUUCCAGUUUCUCCAGUUCCUUCCGAUCAUUCUGAUGAAGCUGGUUAUGCGCUCCAUUUGCGUCUAUCGCCCUCCAUUGAUGGAUUUGUGAACCUAAACACGGGCAAACGAUUCGGUGGCCAUAAUGCGUUUCACGACUAUAUUUCAACGAUAACAGACAACAAAAACGAUCAAAUAUGCGAUAUCUGGGAAAAAUACUUCCAUGUAACUCUUGGGCAGCUUUAUAUGGGCGAAAAAACUCACAAUGAAGAUAAACUUCAGAUAGUCGAACAAACGCUUUGCAAUGUUCUGAACACUCUAGCCAAAAAUCAACCUGAACUUCCAAUCACGCUCGAAACCAAUGAACUUAAAACUAUUUCGGGUCAAACUCGCGCGAAAGGUCGAGCUGAAACUAAUUUUGUAGUAUUAUCAAUUAAAGAAUCAGAGAAAUUGAAAGAAUUUUGGCGCUUUUCGAAUGAAGUUUGUGUAAAAGUUCAAAGAGAAUUUAAAAACGCUCAAGUGAAACUUGUACAGUUUGAUAAGGUGCAUAUUACUAUUCGUAAAUACAGUAAUUAUAUUGUAACAGAUAAUAUGAAAUGUAUAAUUAAAGAAAAUCCAUUACAGUUAACGUGUUCGGCACUCGAUUUAGUUCAAGGACGGGAUAAUGCGAGAGAACGAUUCAAAAUUAAUGGAAGUAAAAAGUGGUGGUACGGCGUUACAGAAAUAGAGAAAGACGACGGAAAACCCGGAAGCGAUUUGACACUUACAUAUGUUCCCUCGUCAGCUGAGACACUACGUGAAAAUAUAUCAGCAUAUAUCCAUUCGUCAGAUUAUGCCGCAAAGUAA